UCCCGAGCGAGCUCGGCAGGAGACACAGGCGCUGGCUGCCCGGUCCGCUCUCCGCCUCCGCCGCGCCCUCCUCGCCCGAGAUGGGCCCCCCCACCGCCGCCAGAGCCAUCGCCUCCAGGCCGCCGCCGCCGUCGCCGCGCUCGCCCUGAAGCCCUGGCCCCGGCGCCCACCCGCUGGCCCCGCAGCCUCGCUCCCUGCCUGCACCGGCCGGCAGUAGAGCGGUCACGAUGCUGCCGCCGGUGCCCUCCCGCCUCGGGCUGCUGCUGCUGCUGCUCCUGUGUCCGGCGCACGUCGGCGGACUGUGGUGGGCAGUGGGCAGCCCCUUGGUCAUGGACCCUACAAGUAUCUGCAGGAAGGCACGGAGGCUGGCAGGGCGGCAGGCCGAGUUGUGCCAGGCAGAGCCAGAAGUGGUGGCCGAGCUAGCACGGGGUGCCCGGCUUGGGGUUCGAGAGUGCCAGUUCCAGUUCCGUUUCCGCCGCUGGAACUGCUCCAGCCACAGCAAGGCCUUUGGGCGCAUCCUGCAGCAGGACAUCCGGGAGACGGCCUUUGUGUUUGCUAUUACUGCUGCAGGGGCCAGCCACGCGGUCACUCAGGCCUGCUCCAUGGGCGAGCUGCUGCAGUGUGGCUGCCAGGCGCCCCGAGGGCGGGCCCCACCACGACCCCCGGGCCUGCCAGGCACCCCUGGGCCACCUGGCCCCAUGGGCUCCCCAGAUGGCAGUGCUGCCUGGGAAUGGGGAGGCUGCGGUGACGACGUGGAUUUCGGGGAUGAGAAGUCGAGGCUCUUUAUGGACGCUCGGCACAAGCGGGGACGUGGAGACAUCCGUGUGUUGGUGCAACUUCACAACAAUGAGGCAGGACGGCUGGCCGUUCGGAGCCAUAUGCGCACCGAGUGUAAGUGCCAUGGGCUGUCGGGCUCGUGCGCGCUGCGCACCUGCUGGCAGAAACUGCCUCCGUUCCGCGAGGUGGGCGCGCGGCUGCUCGAGCGCUUCCACGGCGCCUCGCGUGUCAUGGGCACCAACGAUGGCAAGGCUCUGCUGCCCGCCGUCCGCAGUCUCAAGCCGCCGGGCCGCGCUGACCUACUCUACGCUGCUGACUCACCCGACUUCUGCGCCCCCAACCGGCGCACCGGCUCGCCCGGCACUCGGGGCCGCGCCUGCAACAGCAGUGCCCCGGACCUCAGCGGCUGCGACCUGCUGUGCUGCGGCCGCGGGCAUCGCCAGGAGAGCGUGCAGCUCGAGGAGAACUGCCUGUGCCGUUUCCACUGGUGCUGUGUAGUACAGUGCCACCGCUGCCACGUGCGCAAGGAGCUCAGCCUCUGCCUCUGACCCGCCGCGCGCCUCUCUGAACUGAGCGCGGAGCCGCCUUUCGGUACCUGCGCGACCUCUGGGCUCCAGCAAGGGCUCCAGCAAGGGGCGCUAGCCCUGACCCAGCUUUGCCCUACGCAAGUCCAUCUCCCAGGUCUCUGGAAACUGCGAGGCCGGGAGGCUUGAGUUAUACACUCGCCCAGGCAGGCCCAGGGCACCGGAGUGGGGCCCGAGAGGCACUCUGGGGGCUUCUGGGAGAGACUGUACAAGCCCUCUCUCCUCCGCCCCCAGAUGGAAACCAAAGAACCUUUCUCUAGGCCUCUGGAUGCUGGGCUCCUCAGAACUGCUGGUCAUGGGUUGGGUGGGUGAGUUUAGUAUCAAUAAAGAUAUUUAAACCGAUAGGACUGGGCCCACAGUUUGGGAGGGAGGCGGGUCUCCUGCGGGUUGUCCCGGGGCCAGGCUCUGAAAGGAGUAUCUGAAGGGAGUUACGUAGAACUAGAAAUUCAGGGCUCAUUACCUUGGGUCCCUGUCUUCCCUCCUAUGGGACUGGGCUCUGCUGGCAACUGUGGUGAGGAAUGCUAAAUCUUCCCUUGGCAUACUUCUUGUUCACUCUUGUCACACAGCUGGGGCCUGGCUCUGCAAGCUGGGGAAGAAGUCGCAAUCCCUCCUUAAAGAAGCAGACUGAGAGGAUCUGGGGAAAGAGGACCGGAAGCAUCUGUUGGUGCACCCAGCUCUCAGUUUGGCCCUCAUCUUAAUUCUAGGGGAGUGUGACACUUUUAUCUGCCCUUCUGUUUCUGUGACCCUUGGGGAAUUCGUGGGUAGACUUUUAGGGCCAUCCAAGUCCAUAGGAUUAAAGCACUUUAUGAACUGUAGAAUGUGAUGAAAUAUGUUAUUAGUACCAUCAGACUUACCAUUGAAACUAACUUUACCCCCAUUACCAUGGAAAAGACUGCCCAGAACAGCAUUUCUAAUUACACAUUGAGGGAGAUGAAGAAAAGUUAUCCCAAAGUUUCUCUUGGCACCCGACCACAUUUCCUUCUUCGUGGUUUUUUCCCAGGAAGCUGAUAGUGAGCAGGAAGGGAAGAAAGGAAGGGUUUGGGAUUCUGAGUUCUCCAGAGCUAAACCUCUUCCUCCAGAGAGAAUGAGGGAGGGCCUAGCUAAAUGGGUGGGAUUCAGAGCCCCCAAUUUCCCCACAAUCCAAAUACUGCAGUGGGACUGACACCCCCAUCAAGGUAGGCAGGGCAAAGCAAGAGCUUUGGACUCAGGUGCUGCUGCGUAGUUUACAGUAUAGGCCAUGUUAGUCUCAGUUUCUUUACCUGUAUAAUGGGAAUAUCAUCCUGUUUCAGUUAUACAUUCUGCAUAACAAACAACCCCAACAUAACUUCUCACUGAUCCUUUAGGUCAGGAAUUUGUCAAAACUCAGCUUAGUGGUUCUGCUCCUUAUGGCAGAACUAUUAGCUGUGGUCAUUCAUUUGGCUGUAUUCCAAUGGUGCUGAGCUGGGCUAGACAGUUCAAGAGGCUUCACUCAUAUAUGUCCAGUGCCUCAGAGCUUCUCCAGUGGUCUCCUUCUCUCCAUGUGCCUAGCUUGGGCUUCCUCACAGCAUGGUGGUCUUAGUGUAGUUGAACUACUUACAUAAAGCUGGCUUUCUGGGUGGCCGGAUGGCUCAGUUGGUUAGAGCGUGAGCUCUGAACAACAAGGUUGCCAGUUCAAUUCCCACAUGGACCAGUAAGCUGUGCCCUCCACAACUAGACUGAAGACAACGAGCUGC